ACUUGCACCUACUAGCACUAUGCAUUAUAUUGUGAAAAAGUAGAUUAUCUUAAUAUCAAAACCUUAAAUUUUCUCUGGACUUAAUGAUAAAUACAUGUCUGACUGCGGCUAUUUCCUCAUCGCGCUGAUGUUUCUCGGCUAUUUCUUCAUCGCGCUGCUGUUUCGAGGCUACUUCCUCAUCGCGCUGCUGUUUCGAGGCUACUUCCUCAUCGCGCUGCUGUUUCAUUGCACUCUGAUCGCCGCAUUCAUCAAGAUCAGGAAGAGAACCGCAAAUUAAAGCACUUUGUUACAGAUGCAGAGUUGAUCUUCAGUUAAAGAUCUCUCUUUAGAGACGACUAUUGAGUAGCAGUGGUGGAGCUCUGGAUCUCUCCUAAUGGAUUUACACACUGUGUGCUGCAGUCUGCUUCUGCUACUGACAUGUUCAGGUCGAGGCUUUGGCCAAGUGUUGGAAUUACCUGAGAGUAUAAAUAAAACAGUUGGGGAGAAUGUAGUAAUUACCCCAAAACGUCUUACUGAUCCUCCUCACCGCUUUGUCAGAUGGAACUUUAAUACAGCAAUCAUUCUUUCUGGACCACCGAAUGGAGUUGAUAUACUGCCACCGUACAAAGACAGAGUCAGUUUUAACACCACAUCUUUAGCUCUGGAGCUCAGGAGCCUGACUGAGAGUGAUACUGGACAAUAUGUACUGAGUGUAGACACUACAACUACUUACACUGCUCACACCUCACUGCUGGUACUUGUUCCAGUCUCCAGCGUUACCAUAGUGCCAAGUCAAACAGAGCUGGUUGAAAACAACACUGUGAGUUUCGUCUGUUCUGCGUCCGGCUCCUCUCUCUCAUUUAUUUGGCUGAAUGGCAGCUCUGAGAUAACGGCAGGGGAGCGAGUCCAGCUAACAGACAACAACAGCAAACUGACCAUUACCAGUGUGAUGAGAGGUGACACAGGAACAUACGAGUGUGAAGCAUACAACAGCAUCAGCAGAAAAAAAAGUCUCCCAUUCAGCCUCAUGAUUUACUAUGGUGGGAGUGAAGGAGGAGAUGGAGAUUCACUGCCUGCAGAAGCUAUAGCUCGGAUUGUUAUUGGAGUUUUAUUAGUUGUUGCUGCAAAUGCUGGUUUGAUUUUCUAUUUUGUGAAAGUAAAAGAAAUGCCAAGAACAAACUCCAGAGGAAAUAACCAAAGUUUAGCAACACAUAAUGCAGGUGGACAUGAUUCACAGUAUGAAAAUAUCCUCAGAUUUCAUAAUUCGAACACUGAGGUGACUGUGGGUGGAUCUGACACUCAGAUGCCUCACACACCUCACCCUGAUACGGUAAACAGUCUAUUUACAGUAUUUGAUUUGCACAUUAUUGCUAUUACAAGAUUCAUCAAAGUAGUAGAUUGGAGAAAUUCUCAUAUAGCACUGAAGUGAACUCCAGAAUAACUCAUGCAACAAAUAAUAUUUAAGAAAUAUUGCACAAGCAGGAGUUCUGUUAUAUUGAACAUCAGCACGGUUGUGAUUUGGUUGUAGGCACGAGGUUACAGGUUGAGUUCUGCAAGUAAUCACAGCUGUGCUGAUAUUCACUACAACUGAAAGAGUGUGAGUGUGAUGUUAAAGUGAUAGAAAUUAAACAAGAAAUUGAUAUGGAGUAACUGACAUAGUAUUACCAAAUGUAUUGUGAUUUUUAUUUCUCUCUUAAAUAAAAUAAAUCCUCAAGAUGACACCAGAUAGCGCUUGUUUCCACGCAAUACAGAGGCAGACAGACAGUCCUUAGUAAGUGUAAUUACACUGUAGUUAAAUUGGAUUGAGACAAUCAGUGAAAUGUUUGUUACUCUAAAUAUUGGCACUCCUGAAUAUCAGCACCUGUUUUUAUUAAAAAAUAAAUAAAUAAAUAAAAAAAAUUUUAGUUAAUGUUUCAUCAAAUUACUUCCACUUGUAAUGGCUAAGAAAGUUAUACUGUAGGCACUCCCAAUUUCAACAGAGUUAUAAGAACAGUCAUUGUUCACAAGAACUUUUUUAGAAAGUUAUUUGACUAUAACACAGUCCUGUUUGUAGCGUGACUGAUCCUUGCUGAUGUUUAGGUGAUGCAUUUUGUGAGCUGCUUUCAUGCAGCCCUUAAGAACUACUUAAAACAUGGCAACCACAAAACAGUUAAACUCUGUACUCCUCUGAAACUGUAAAACUGUAUGCUCCUCUUUUUGGCAAGUUUCUGAACAAUCCAGACAAUAGAAAUUUUGACAAACAUUUUUAUGUGCCUGAUUGCUCCUAAUGUAUUGUUAAAUGCAUAAAACUCUAUGCUUCAAAUCCCACCUGUAUGUUUACUGUUUAGUGCUCUUUGACCUCCUCUUAUUCCUUAUCUGUGAUGUUUAUGGUCUUUUCAGAAAAAUCCAUUUCCUCCUGUACCAGCAUUUAACUCUUCUAGUCUAGGCUUUGAAUGUACAUUUUAGAGAUCUGAUAGAUGAAAAUGUAUACAAACAUGUAUGUGUAGUAAUUAAGAAAAUAAAAUAAAUUGAAUUACUUCUUUAUUCAUUGAAUUUAACUUUUCACCUUAAGUUUAGUCUUAUUCUUUAUUUAAUAGUUUAGUCGUUAUUUAAAGUGUUGUUUAUCUGGUCUUCACAUUGUGAUAAGAAAUAUCCUUGAAUUUUUUUUACCCUGCCUUCCAUCUUUUUUUCCCCCCUCUUUUAAAGCAGAAAACUGUCACUAACUCUCACUGUUUUCUAAUGACAAUUCUAGAUAUAUUCUGUAAAAUCACAAUUUUCACAAUAAUUUUCAUGUUUUAUAUUCCCUCUUUUAUCCUGACACUGAUCACUGAUACACAGAACACUCAUUAGGAAAAUCAGCCACACUUCCUCAAUCCAGCAUCCUUUCAUUAUCAAUAGUUAAUACAAAAAGUGUGGAGGAAAUUAGUGGGAUUAGUGUCAGCUCACUGCUAGUUUCAACUCAUUACCUGACUUUACAGAUUCCUUAAACCUCUUUUGUCUUUCACAAAUUACUUUUUGUCUCUAUUUCCAUGUUAAGCAGUUAUUUCCCUGUUAUUUCUCACAUUUCAUCUUGUUUAUGCAUUGUAUCAUGUAUGUAUAUACUGUAUAUUUAUAAUCACAGCCUCCAGUGUCACCCAUAUGAUGAUGGGUUCCCCUUGAGUCUGGUUCCUCUCAAGGUUCCUUCCUUUACCAUCUAAGGGAGAUUUUCUUUGCCACUGAUUCCUGAGUCACCACAGACUUCCUCAUUGGGGAUAUAUACAUACACAUUGUGACCUAUAUAUAUCUAAUAUUAAUCUUGAAUUUUUUAUUAUAUUAAUCUUUUGUUCUAUGUUUGUUCUGUAAAGCUGCUUUGAGACAAUGUCAAUUGUAAAAAGUGCUAUACAAAUAAACUUGAAUUGAAUUGAAUAUGCAGGUCUCUGCUUUGUUUCUUUGCUAUGUGUUUUUCCUAAUAAAUACUUGCUAAUA